GGUCCUUCGAAGUUCGCUUCCGUAAACAGCUUCUUCAGGAAAUCUAACCUCGCAGUAUGCGAAAUACUUUGAAAAUACACAUGAAAGUUGACCUUAAAGGUUGUAAUGUACUUUCAGCUGUUUUUUGUGCUGGUUUGCUUAUGUAAGUGCAAUUGUUUGAACCAAGAGGAUGAGCAGGAACACUGCGAUGAGCUCAAACGGUGGCUGGAAUCCUCCACUGUGUCCCUGGAGUUCAGCAAGAAAGGCUUUCACAGGGAGGUGACAGCCACUGUUGAGCUCAGACCAGGUGCCCUCAGUGGUGCCAGUGUUUUGCUGCUUUACAGAUGGCCAAGUGGUGUCUUUGUUGAUCCUUAUCAGCUGGCAUCCCUGAGGGAUCAAAGUAACUGGGAGAUACUGCUAGAUUCUGCCAUUGACCUAGAAUUGCCUGCUCACAAGACUUCAGGAUUUCUUACUUAUGUGUUUCCCUCCAACACUGGACCAGCUCCCAGCGUCCUACAAGUAACGAUUCCAGUACACGGCCGCUACCACGAGCCCUCUUUUGCUGGAGAAACGUUCACAUCUGUUCACAUUGAACCUCCUGAGCUGCUGCUGCGAACUGAAAAAUGCACAGAUCUCCAUAGGUUUGAGUCUCGCUUUGUACUGGAUGCUCCCUGCACUGUUAGCAACUCCAGCACAUGUUCAUGGGUUAAAAAAACUCUGCAGCAGGAGCCGAGCACCAUGGGGAUCCUGUUACCGGUUGGUGACGGUUCAGCGACGAAGCUCAUAUGCGGCGGGACUCUUCUGGUCACGAUGAUCUGCUGUGUGACGCUGUCUAAAUACAUGUUGGAACGUCGAAUCAUUUAAGCUGCAGCAGUCAAACGAACUUUUGCUCAUCAGGGUUAUAAUGUGAAAUAGUUUUGUCUGGGACCAGGAUCACUCUCUCUGUUUGCUGUAAACAAAAAAAACGAGCCAUAUCAGGUGGGAAGAAAUUCCAGGGUUUAACAUUAAAUUUACUCCAUGGAGCUUAA